UACAUUUUGGGGCAUGUAUUCAGUAUUCUGUAAUGGAAUACAUUUUAAAAGUAACCUUCCCAACACUGCUGGUUGGCAAUCACAAAUAGCUCCAUAGGAGCAUGAUCACAUGACCAAGCAUCAGUCUUUUACAAUUUGAAGGAGGGGUAAAACAUUUCAGCAAAGUUCAAACUGAUGAUAAUAAAAAUAUAAAGUCAUAAAUGCUGCUAAAGUCCAAACUGUACCCUGUUCUGUAGUCUAAAUGAAACAACCUGUCUGACAGCUUCUUUCUUAUUAAAAUAUCGUGUGUUGCUGAGAGGAGAAAUGGAGCAGAAAGGAUUUCAGCUGGAUUCAGAGAAAUUCUCUUGUUCCAUCUGUUUGGAUCUACUGAUGGAUCCGGUGACUAUUCCCUGUGGACACAGCUACUGCAUGAACUGUAUUAAAACACACUUUGACGAAGAGGACAGGAAGGGAAUCCACAGCUGCCCUCAGUGCAGGAAGACUUUCACACCGAGGCCUGUCCUGGAGAAAAACAUCAUGUUAGCAGAGUUGGUGGAGCAGCUGAAGAAGACUGGACUCCAAGCUGCUCCAGCUGAUCACUGCUAUGCUGGACCUGAAGAUGUGGCCUGUGAUGUCUGCACUGGGAGGAAGCUGAAAGCCAUCAAGUCCUGUUUAGUCUGUCUGGCCUCUUACUGUGAGAAACACCUCCAACCUCACUAUGAUGCAGCUCCAUUAAAGAAACACAAGCUGGUGGCCCCCUUCAAGAAGCCCCAGGAGAACAUCUGCUCUCGUCAUGAUGAGGUGAUGAAGAUUUUCUGUCGUACUGAUCAGCAGAGUAUCUGUUAUCUCUGCUUGAUGGAUGAACAUAAAGGCCAUGAAACAGUCCCAGCUGCAGCAGAAAGGACUGAGAAGCAGAAGGAGCUCGAGGUGAGACGACUAAACAUCCAGCAGAGAAUCCAGGAGCGAGAGAAAGAUGUGAAGCUGCUUCAACAGGAGGUGGAGGCCAUCAAUGGCUCUGCUGAUAAAGCAGUGGAGGACAGUGAGAAGAUGUUCACUGAGCUGAUCCGUCUCAUCCAGAAAAGAAGCUCUGAUGUGAAGCAGCAGGUCAGAUCCCAGCAGGAAACUGAAGUGAGUCGAGUCAAAGAGCUUCAGGAGAAGCUGGAGCAGGAGAUCGCUGAGCUGAAGAGGAAAGACGGCGAGCUGGAGCAGCUCUCACACACAGAGGAUCACAACCAGUUUCUACACAACUACCCCUCACUGUCAGCACUCAGUGAGUCUACACACUCAUCCAGCAUCAAUAUUUGUCCUCUGAGGUACUUUGAGGAUGUGACAGCAGCUGUGUCAGAGACCAGAGAUAAACUACAGGACAUUCUGAGAGAGGAAUGGACAAACAUCUCACUGACAGUCACUGAAGUGGAUGUUUUACUGUCAGUACCAAAACCAAAGGCCAGAGCUGGAUUCUUAAAAUAUUCACGUGAAAUCACACUGGAUCCAAACACAGCAAAUAUGCAUCUGGUAUUAUCUGAGGGGAACAGAAAAGCAACAUUAAAAAGACAAAAACAGUCCUAUUCUAAUCACCCAGACAGAUUCACUUUCUAUUAUCAGGUAAUUAGUAAAGAGAGUUUGACUGGGCGUUGUUACUGGGAGGUGGAGUGGACAGGGAGAGGAGUUUGUGUAGCAGUGGCAUACAAGGAUAUCGGUAGAUCAUGGUACUCAGAUGAAUGCGUUUAUGGAGGAAAUGAUCAAUCCUGGGCAUUACGUUGUGACACACAUGGCUAUGAUUUUCACUUCAAGAAUCUCUCAACUCCUGUCUCAGGUCCUCGGUCCUCCAGAGUAGGAGUGUACCUGGAUCACAGAGCAGGUAUUCUGUCUUUCUACAGCGUCUCUGGAACCAUGACUCUCCUCCACAGAGUCCAGACCACAUUCACUCAGCCACUCUAUGCUGGACUUUGCCUUUUAGACUACAAAGUCACUGCAGAGUUUAUUAAACUGAAAUAGACAGAAGUCAUUGAGGGACAGUUGGUUAAAAUGUGUGAUUUAGGUUCCAGUUUCUUUGGUCUCCAUUGUUGUUGCUGUGAACUCGGUGUCGUGCUAUUUCUUCUCUGCACAGAGAUCAUCUGUCAGUCACACUUCAUGUGCGCUACUUUGAUGCCUUACCAUGUUUCAUCUAGAUAAUGACUGAGUUUGUCUGGAUGGCUCUACUUCCGGUGUCUCUAACCAUUACGACUCUCAAUGCUCAUGGUGAGUUUUAUUCAGCUAAACUUAAUGAAACCGCAUAAAUAUGUGAACCUCUCUCUGCUUGAAAUGUUUGAGGAAUAUUUUUGCUAAUGUAUAUUUUUUAAAUUCAAUUCAAUUUAUCCAUGGACCGUAAUAGAAAAACCGGCAGAUUCAUUAAUUCAUUGCACAGAAUUUGUUCUCACUUUGUAAAACAAACAAACAAACAAACAAAAAAACAUUUAGAAUUACAUUCACAUUCAUUUUUAGAUUUUGUUGUUCACUGUAAUCGUCAUGAUCAUUCAGUACAUUAAUCAUUACUUGAUUGUUCACAGCUCAUAUUCUGAGUCACGAUUGACAUGACUGAGUCACUGAUUGUGUGAAUGUUGAAGUCUUGAAGUGACUGCUCUGAUUUGGUGUUAUAUAAAUAAAAACUGUUUUGAAUUUAAACCAGAUUGAAUGAUGCAAAUCUAAAAGUUUACUCUACGUAAACAUCACAUGAUGUCAGAGUGAACUGUAGGAUACAGACGACUUCAUGUUAAAGGAUGAUUCUGGUUGAUUUCAGCCUGCUGUAUUUCCCAUUAUGUGUCUGUUGUGAUUUAAUGAGUCAUGAACUUCACCCUCCACCUGUGCUGUGCAGUUACAUAAAAACAAUGAAAGGCCAAGCAAUAAUAAUAAUUUUUAAUAUAUAUCAUUUUAAUGAAUUUAUUAUGACCGAAAACACACACAAAUAAAAGGGUUUAAAAUAUGGAGAUGAUAGGUGUCAGGCACUUGAUUUAUUGCAUUCUGUGUAUUUUUAUGCAUAGCUCAGGUGGGCCUGAGCUAUGCAUAACCUCCUCAGGGUUUCUUCUGAUGUAUUAUGGGUAGUAAUAUACUUACUACCCGCAGGGGGCUUACAGGACUUUUUAAAUAGAGUGAGGGGGGGACCCGCAGGACAUCACAAUAUUUGAUUAGUAAAGACAGAUGUAUUACAAUGUGUUACAUUGUUGCACAACAGAAAUGUCUUUUCUAUUAAAUUAUUGUUUUGCAAAAUAAGUUCACACAUAGAUCCUUUACUUAACUACUUAUUGGUCAUCAUACUCAAGUAUGUGUACUGAGGUUUUAGGAUCAAAAUAUAAACUAUUCAUUAGAUUACAGUAACAGUAGA